AUGAGUGUCGUAGGUCACGAGUUGCAUCCUAUCAGCAACACGACGACAAGCAGCUCUUCCUUCGGCAGUGACUACGACCGUCGCAGACGCGAAAACCAAAGACGCGACUUCCAAUCUUCCGACGCGUUUACAACUCAACCACGUAGUAUCAACGCGAGCAGCCACCCUAUUGACGACGUGGUAUUCGAAAACUACCCCCUUCUUCUAUGCUUACAACUUAUUGCGCACUACAACGUAUUCGUUUUCUCGGUCAUCCGAGGCCGCAAGUGGAACACGCGAGAGCGCCUAGGCCGUGGUACUACUUUCGACGUCGAACAGGCUGAUCUGCCCGUAGGAGAAGCCGUUUCAGACCUGCAAUAUUACGACAUCAGCAAGGGUCUACGUCAUGGCUUUAUCACCGACCAUACCGGCAUCAGAUGGGGUUACGACACGGUCGUUGCAUACAAGAGUCUCACGCUCAACGCUCGAGCUCCUCAACAUUUCUACCAGACUUCUCCCUUGCGCGACAUACCCUUCUUUGAUCUUAUGCAUCAGUACUUCGGCCUUGUGGACAUGUCGUAUAUCCCCAACCAAGUCAUGAAGGCUCUGACAGAGUUGGAGACGUCGAACAGCGCGGGGAACAAGGCCGAAAUCCAUUUCCAACUUGGUUUAUGCCAUGCGGUUGGCUUCGGUGUCGCUUCCGACUAUGAACACGCAAUCCGGCUGAUUUCCAGUUCUGCGGAGGGAGGCUUCUGGAAAGCUCGCUUGCUUCUCAGGAGUGUCGCAGCUGCCCUAGGUGUCGCCCUCGACCCAGGGAUUGAACAUCUAUCUCUUACUUGGACCAACGACAACCUGGAACUGUCUAGCCUGGAUGCCUCGCGGAGACUUCUCACUCAAAGCCGUUCUCAUGAUUCUGUGUCUACGGCAAGCGAGCGCCGCUUGCUCAAAAGCAAUGUUACAUCUAUCAGUGGAGACACCAGCAUCAUGCCAUUGAUAGCGGCCAUCAAGCUUGGACAGCUGCCGGAAAUCAGAGCCCUUGUUCAAGAUUGCGAGAACGUGAAUCUUCCGCUGGAUGAUGGCGAGACUGCUCUCCACUACGCCGUUCUCACGCUGAACUCUAGUAUCAUUGCCAUCCUUGUGCAGGCUGAAGCAGACGUGCUACAGUGCACCACGGGCGACUGCGAAUUACCGAUUUCAGGGUCCGCUGUGUAUCGGAUACCCUCGAACGUAUCUCCGGCAUCAUUGACCGUGUUACUUGAUCGCGUUGACCUACUAAAAGGCUUGCUAGAACCCAGGAUCGGGCAACAGAGUGAACCAAGAAAGGAAGAGACACUCGUGAAUUUGCUGGCCUGGGGGGCGAGAUAUCAGAGCAUCGACUGCGUCAGCUACCUUUGCGAGCAGCUCAGAUCCAAGCCUGAGCGACCGUUCGACGACCUAGGCGUCAACCCGCUGUCCUAUGCAGUGCGAGCCGACUUCCUAUUCCGUAUCGCCUUGUUCACUCCCCACAUCGAUCGCACCGACGGUGACGUCACACCGGCCUACUGA